AUGGGGUGGUGCUUUUACUGUGAAGGAUUCAAAGACCGGAAGUUUAAAAAAAAUACGCCCAUAACUUCCGGUGUAACCUAAUGUUUGGCGGGAGGUUGACGGUGUAAACUUUUCCAUCCUCCGUUAGAAAUCAGCGGCAGGUGAUCAUGUUCAAAACAAACGAAGAGAAGAAACGUCCGCCGCCCGUCAAAGUGUUGUCCGGUCAGCUGAGGACGGCGGAGCACCGGAGGACACCCAGCGGGGAUGCAUACGCUAUCAGACCGGGUAGGGGUCGCUCUCUGCUGGUCUCCAUGGUGUGGAUGCAGGGGACUGUGCUGGAGGUGCAGCUGGACAGAAACACCGUGCUGCUGAUGGAUGAGACGGGGACCUUUGCUGUUCAAGGCGUAAACAGCAUCCCCAAAGGAAAGCCGUGUUUGUCUCAAGGCAAAUAUGUCAUGGUGAUGGGUGUCAUCCAGGCCGUCUCCCCGGAGCCAGUCAUCCGUGCAGUGAAGAUGGCAGACCUCUCCGAGCUCGCCACGCUUCACAGACGGAUGUGGAAGCUGGAGGUGGAGGAGCUGCAGGAGGUGCUGGCCUGAAUGCAGAAGCUGCCGGUGGAAAUGUUGCGUUUACUGGUGGAAGGACGACCUGCUCUCUGUCAUGCAUGCCCAGCUGGGUAUGCAGUAUUGAAGUGAUUCUUGACAAAGAGGGGGAAAAAAACUACCUCAGAAGGACUGAAUAGCACAUUCUGCUAAGAUGUUUGGCUUAGGGGUGACGCAAGAGUGACAAAGAGUUUGACGUGGGGAAAAAAAAAGUAGUGACACUGUGAAGGGUGAAGCUUAAAUAACACGUUAUUUCCCACUUGGCAAGUCUUUUAGAGAGGAAGCGGAGCUGGAGGCCAUGUGCUAGAUUUAUAGUUCUCUUCUGAGGGUUUCAGUAGUGCACACAUGUACGUGAAAUCCACCUCUUCAAGACAUGCCAACACAAACACAGUUUAUCCAGCUAAAACACUGAUCUCUGUACUGAUCAUUAAAACUGAUCUGCUAAUGAGA